AUCUUUAAUAAUGCAGUCAGCAGAAGAGGGACACGACACCCCGGAGGAUCUACAACAUGAAGGAUUCCAGAAGAAACCAAUAAAAAAGGAAGAAGAUGAAGAUGAGGACGAUGAUUUCUUCUGUGAAGUCACUUUAAUCCCUGUGGAACAAGUCAUGGAACUCUUCUCCUCAGUGGACCAACAGUGUGGAGGUUUCCAGAUGAAGCCUGUGAAGAAGGAAGAACCUGAAGAUACAGAUUAACUCAACUUGGCAACCCUGAAUAUUUGGAGACACUCCCACAUGCAGUAACAAUGAGCAAAGAAGAGAAAAUGGUGGCAGAGACGCCAGAAGGUGGAGAUGCAGGUGGCCCCACGAGACCUGGUGGAAGAACCAGAGCAGGUCGUCCUAAAGGACCAGAGGAGUAAAGCAGUAGACAAGGUGGUUCUGGUUUUUGAGAUUGAGAUGAAGAAGUUAGAGCAGGUGGACCCAGUGGAAAAACCAGACAAGGUCAUGAAGAAGGUAGAGAGGCAGGUGGCCCCGCUGAACCUGGUUAAAGAACCAGAGCAGGUCAUCCUAGAGGACCAGUGGAUGGGACAUGUAAAAAAAUAAGAUUCGUUUCAUAGAGAAUGAGAUGAAGAAAGCAGAGAGGCAGAUGGUCCAGCUGAACCUGGUGGAAGAACCAGAGCUGGUCAUCCUGAAGGAGCAGGGGAAGGGACAUGUAAAAAAUAAGGUUUAUUUCAUAGAGAAUGAGAUGAAGAAGGUAGAGAGGCAGGUGGACCCAGUGGACACAGUGAAAAAACCAAAGCAGGUAGGAAAGAACCAGAUGGAGAACCAGGUGCUUCAGACGGACCAGAUGACGAAGGUGGAAGAACGGGUAGAUCAGGUAGGUUUGAAGAAUGAGGUUAAUAAACCUGAGGAGCAAGUGGGUCUACAGGACAGGCGGGUGGUUCUAGUGAACCUGGUGAAGGAACCAGAGAGGGAUGAAGCACCUGAGCACCAGUGGACAGAACUGGAGGAGCCAGCAGCUUUGGAGCACCAAAUAUGGAAACUAAAGGAGCAGAACCUGGAUAGAGGAUGCACUGAAGAUCCACUGAAGAACAUCUCCGAGGUGUCUUCAAACAAACCGGACCACGAGCAGCUGCAGGACGACGUUCUUGUUCCCCCCAUCAUUGAAGCCCAACCUGAAGAGUCUGGGGCUCUGAUGGAGAGCGUGUGUGAAGAUAAAGGUGUCCCGAUGCCGAAGUCGAGGAGAACCAGCCUGAGAACCAAACGGUUCCAGUUCUUCAACGUCUGAAACUGAGGUGGUGACGAUCCGGAGAUCAUCCAAUCACACGCCGACUUUUCCAACAUCAAAAUAACAAUAAAGUGCCUUCAUGAA